AUGUCGCCCCUCACUCAGCUCGCAAGCCGGGUGCCAUCGACUUUGUCCCGGAUGGUGGCCCGGGAGGACAAGAACUGCAUCAAUGAGGCAGGCGGCGACUCGUGCGCGCUGCCCGUUGCCGGCACCCAUACAACCGAAAUCGUCAUCGGCUCCAUUGUCGGCGUCCUAGCCAUCAUCGUCGUCGUUGUCCUCGUCCACUUCCACUUCCGCCGCCAGCGCAUGGACAAGAAGGAGUGGACCGGCAAGAACUCCCAGGAGCUCGACGACUACGGCCUCGGCGCUGCCGGCGCGCCCGCCAAGCCCAAGAGCACAUACCAGGCCUCGGCCGCGCACUCCAAGAGCACCACAGACCAGGCGCCGUCCUCAUCAGAACCCUCGGCGGCCCGGAGGACGUCCCAAGACUCGCUGCGCUCCCUCGAGAUGUCGCUUCGGCAGCAGGCCAAGCCAGCAGACAUGGUCUAG